UUCAUGCCGUAUUUCGCGAGUAGAUAAGAUAAUUACUAUUUGCUAUGUUGUAUUACGUGGAAUACAGGAAAAAUAAAGAAAGAAAGAACGAUGGGAGAGAGAGAGAGAAAGAGAGAGAGAGAGAGAGAGAGAGAGAGAGAGAGAGAGAGAUAGAGAAGAGGGUGGAAGGCAGGUCAGGACAUUUAAAAUGAAAAUCGAUUUGAUAGAAGAAAAUUGACUUUCUAAACUCGAUUCGUUAUUCAACGAAUAGAUCGAAGCCACAAAUUUCUUGGUUCCUUUGGAAUGGAUCAGAGAGAAAUAGAAAGAAAGAAAGAGAGAGAGAGAGAGAGAGAGAGAGAGAGAAAGGGAUAGAGAUAGAAAGAAUGAAACGUCAGUUCGAACGUGGCUCUCGUUCGAAGACAAUUCGUCAUGAAGAAAAUCAAACCGAUCGAAAUCGUCGACGUUUUUCUACUUCACGAGAGAUACUUCGCGAUAGGUGGUGUAUGGCCAUUGAGAAAAAGUUACGUUAAAUUUGCAAUAUAUGCCGUUUAUUGUACGAUACAAAUAACAUUGGCAUAUAUCGAUUUGUAUAAUGUAAUAGACGACCUUCAUCUUAUGGUUGAAAAUCUUUUGGAAACAUUAGUGUCGAGUUUGUCGUUAUUAAUGAUAAUAAUUAUUCGUUUUCAUCCGAGUUUGGCAACAUUGAUCGUCACUAUAAAGAACGAAAUUGUCAAUAACGGAGAAUACUUUGAAAACAACGAGGAACGUUCAAUUUAUUAUCAUUACAAUCAUAUAUCGAACACAUUGUCGAAAAUCGCAUCGACAACUUCGUUGUUCACAAUAACGGCGAUGUAUCUUAAACCAUUGCCAAAUAUUCUUCAUGCGUUAUUACAUCCUAUGGAGAUCAAUCUUGCUGCUGCUAGUGCAGCGACAACAAAUAUUGCCAACAAUACGGAUAUAUUUCCUUUGCCAUUCAAAGGAGUAAAAUUGUAUCAUAUCACUAAUGUCCAAACGUAUAUAUUAUUAUAUAUUUUUCAACUACCGUAUAUAUAUUGUGGAUUUUGUCACACGGUAACAACGUGCGUUAUAUUGACACUAGUACUUCACAUUUGUGGAAAAUUAUCAAUGAUGAGACGACGUAUUCUUAUGCUUGAUACAAAACCAAAAGAUCAAUUGAACGAUGCGAUACGUCGCCAUGUUCAAUCACAUAUACAGCUUAUUUGGAUGGUAAAAUCUAUAGAAAAGAUUUUCAACGUUGUAAUACUCUUGGAUCUCGUACAAAAUAGCAUUAGAUUGGGUCUUUCGUCCUACGUUACUCUCGUGAGCAAAGACAAUAAAUCAGAAUUUGUUGUCAUGUGUACUUUCGCAUCUUACGCAGCAGUCGUAUUUUUGCUAAUAUUCGAGUAUUGUUUUAUAGGAGAAUAUUUAAUGCAAGAGAGCAAGAAAUUAGCUGAGUCGUAUUAUCACUGUAAUUGGGCAGAAAUGCCGCAAAAUUGCAAAACUUCUUUAUUAAUUUGCAUAAUUUGUUCGCAAACAUAUCUCAACUUGACUGCUGGCAAAUUUUAUACAUUUUCAUUGUAUGGUUUCACUGGUAUUGUAAAAACUUCGAUGGCCUAUUUAUCAAUGUUACGUACUGUUAUCUGACCUAUAAAAAAGAAAAAUAAUUUACGGUAAAAUGUAGAAGAUCAAAGGAAAAUGCACAUUAAUAAAUAUUGUAACAAAAAUAUAUUGGAAUGGAAAGAAGAUGUCCCAAACUGAAGAUAAAUAAUAUUGUAAUAAAUUAUCAUUAGAACUGAACCAUUAUCAAUCGUUUUUAUAAUUUUCGUUCGAUUAAUUCUAUCCUUAUUUGUACGUAUCAAU